AGACAUUGACUGAUCUAGACAUCCUUCAGACCUUUUACAAAAUGUGCUGUUUAUGAAAAAAGGAACCUAUAUUAAUGAUAAUUUAAUUUUUGGUUUCAAUAAUUGUAGACUUACCUAUUAUAGUACAUAUUUGUAAAAGUUAAAGCGAAAGGGAGACUCAAAGAGAAUGCAGGAAAAUUAAGUGUUCCUUAAGAGGAGGUAGAUAAAAAAUUCAAACAGUAAUUAGAAAUCGUUACUAAUUAGCAAUGGCAGCAGUGACAACUCAACAACCUCAGGCCUCAGACCAGAGUGGCGCUGAUUCUGUGCUGCUUAAGAGUGGCCCUAUUACCAUUAGACAUUUAAGAAACUCAGAGGAGGACUUCAAAUUCUUUGCAAGAGUGUUAGUCGAAGCCUUCGAAGGAAAAUUUGUUUAUGCUACAAGUAAAGGCAGCCUUCCCGACAUGGAACAAUACAUGGUUAACAGACUGAGAGGGCGACCCCCGGAGUAUUACGAGAGAAAUUUGGUGGGGGAGUAUGAAGGGGAAAGGGCAUGUGCUUGUGUCCUGGUGUACAAUGGAGAUAGUGAACUCUUCCCGGAGAGAGAAGAGGACAUGCCCCCUCUUGGAUGUACAGAUAUUUGUGGGCUUUUGUGUAUGGAAUGUGCUUUAGGGGGUGAGAAGGUCCCGCCAGGAAAGUGCUAUUUAGAUACCAUUGGAGUAGAUGCCAAAUUUCGGGGAAAGGGUAUAGGAAAAGUUAUGCUUGACGCAGCUGAUGCUGAUGCAAAAAGAAGGGGAUGCAAGUCAAUUUACCUUAAGGUAGCCUCUGACAAUCGGGCUAAGCACCUUUAUGAGAGACAUGGAUAUGUACUCAAGGAUAGAACCUCUCGCUGCUGCUGUAUGUGGUGUCAGACAGGGAUCAAAGAAUUUCUAACAGUGGAAAAGUCAUUGGAGUGAUAUUAAAAACUACUUAGAAGACUCUACUGGUGUCAGGAAUUAUAUCUAAUUGAUUUCAUUUGACUAAUUAUUAGUAGAUAUAUCCUUUUACAUAUCAUAAUAUGUGUCCUUCUCACUUGUGUACAGUUUAUAUAUUGUAUAUUUAUGUAUUCAUACAUGAUUAUACCCUCCGCGGGAGGAUAUAUAGUAAUCAUUAAUUCCGUCCGUCUGUACAUCUGUCUGUCCGUCCGUCUGUCUUUCCGUCCGUCUGUUACGCUUUGGGGUACCCAUCUCUUAUCCGCAACUCCUCUCAUACCACUGAAUGAAAUUUGAUGAAACUUUCACAGAAUCUUUAUAACAUAUCGCCAUUGUGCAAGUCCUAUUUUACUUUUUGAUCCGACACAUAUUUUGGGUUUCCCGGCCACAUCAAAACAUGGACUUUGCCAAUAAAACUACUAGUACAUGUAUAUGGAGGCGGGGGUAUGAUUUAGUGAGCUCGUCGCUCACAGUACCUCUAGUUUUGUUUUAUGUCAUAUCCAUUAUUUUUUUAGUUUUCUGUUACUGCAACAUAUUUUUAAUGUAGUUAUAUUUUUUUAACAUUUUACUUUGUCAGGCAUAAUAUAUUUUUUUUAUUUUUGAGAGAGUCAUAAAAGUACAUGUCAUUUUAAAUAUAUACAGUGAAGAUGUGUAUGUUUAAAUUUAGGAUUGUCAAAAUUAUAUAUGACUUAGAUAUAUAAGAAUUUUUCUCUGUAACUUUCUAUAGAAAACUAUUACUCAAUUUAGAAUUUAAUUGUUGUUAUAUUGUUGUUAUAUACACAGUGAAGACUAUUAACCUAAUCAAAAUUUCAUCUACUCUUUUGUUUCCUUUUAAAAAUUAAAAUACAUGACUGUAUAAAGGAUCAUUUUACCCUUUAUUUGGAAUAUUGUACUUCAUCCGGUGAAAUAUUUUAUAUUUUAUAGGAGUAAAUGUACAAAAAUUCUGUCAAUGUUCAGAAUACUAGUAUGUUAAAAAAUUUUAUGGAGAUUUUAUCUUUUAUAUUGUCUUUAUAUAUUUUUUCUAACUAUACUUGAUCAAUUUUAUAAUACUCUGACAAUAUACAUGUUCAUAGAGGCCAUGGUUGUAGGUGUGCUGUUUUUUCUGAUACACAUUUCUCUACAUGUUUCUCUAAAUGCUCCUCUUAAAAUGAAGUAAAUAAUUAUGAUUAUACUUUUUUUAGAGUUAUUUUUAAAUUACUUCUAUUGUUCUGCAAUUUUCUAUUUGUUUCCAUAUUAAGGCAGGUUACAAAAAUUCAUGUAGAAAUUUGAAAAAAAGGUAAUUAUAU